GGAUCUCAUCUAGAAUCUGCACACAUGACCUGGCCUCCACCUGGAAUUCAGAAGAUAAGGCCAGACAUUGGGCAAUCUCAUCUGAAAAGAAAUCCCAGACUGGGAAAAGGAGAAGAAGACAUGGCUGGUUCUCAGAUAAAUAUAUUAAAGGUGAGGGACUGUGUUUACUAUUCCUCCUGAAAUGUCAUGUGGAACUUAUAAGGAACUCUUGACAUUUCAGGAUAUGUCUAUAAAAUUCUCUCCAGAGGAGUGGGCAUGCUUGGACACUGCUCAGCGGAAUUUGUACAGGGAUGUGAUGAUAGAGAACUACAGAAACCUCGUCUCCCUGGGACAUGCUGCCUCUAAGCCAGACCUGAUCACAUGUCUGGAGCAAAGACAAGAGCGCUGGAAUGUGAAGAGAGAGGAGACAAAAGCUAAACACCCAGAGGAGGAUCUUCUGUCCUGUGCUCUUAAAUUGUUUAAGAACUCUAGUAUCCCCUGCAGUGAUCAUCCUUAGAACUUAGCUGAGAACCAAAUGUAUUUUCUUGGGUUACAAGGGACUGAAUGAUCUGACAGUAUUUUCAUUGGUUUGGAGGAUAUGGGAAUACCUGCACAUAUUUUUGAAGAGCUAAAUGUUAAACCAUACAUAUAUAUAUAUAUAUAUAUUUUUUUUCGAGACAUGGUCUUGCUCUGUUGCCCCAGCUAGAGUCUAAAC